AUGAGAGAGGUGUUUCUCACCAUUCUCAAGAAGUUCACCCGCGAAGACAUGUCUGUCAAGGAAGAUUGGGAACUUGCCCCACUAGUCCGGUCUCAUCUGGAUAGGGGAAGAUUCUUACUCUUCAUGGAUGAUGUGUGGACUGUGGAAGACUGGAGACGAAUCGAACCUGCCCUGCCAAGGAACAAUAAGUCAGGUAAAGUUCUGAUAACGAGCCGUCAUGAGAGAGUAACUAAGCAAAACCUCAACAGAGAACCUCACAAGCUGCGGUUCUUGCAUACUGAGGAAAGUUGGGAGUUGCUCCAGUUGGAGGUAUUUGGUAACAACAAUAAAUGUCCAGGAGAUUUGGAGGGUGUUGGAAAGCAUAUAGCCACUUGA